AUGGACGUCCCGCGCGGCAAGGUCAUGGGCGGCACAAGCGCCAUCAACGGACAGGUCUUCCUCCGCGCCAUACCCGACGACUUCGACCGCUGGGUCUCGAUGGGCAACGACCAAUGGCGCUUCGAAGACGUCCUGCCAUACUACCGCAAGCUCGAAACCGACAUGGACUUCCAUGACGACUUCCACGGCAGCGACGGCCCCAUCAUCGCCCGCCGCCACAAGCUCGAAGACCUGCUCACCGACCAGAUAGCCUUCUACAACGCCUGCCUCGACGCGGGCUUCCCCUCCAACCCCGACCACAACCACCCCGACGCCACCGGCGUCGGCCCCUACGCCCUCAACAACCCCCAACGGCAUCCGCUGGAGCACCGCGCUCGGCUACAUCAACCCGACGCGCCAUCGCCUCAACCUCACCAUCCGACCCAACUGCGCCGCGUUGAAGUCGAGAGCGGCGGCGAGCGCUUCCAGGUCCAGGCCGACGAGAUUGUCCUCAGCGCAGGAGCAGUCGGCUCGCCACACAUCCUCAUGCUCUCCGGCAUCGGCGACGCUGAGCAGCUGCAAGCCGUCGGCAUCCCCGUCGUGCACAACCUCCCCGGCGUCGGCAAGAACCUCCGCGACCACCCCGCCGUCAGUGUGCGCUGGCGCUGCAACCCCGACUUCCCCAUCCCACCCGAUGGCGUCGGCGCUCAGAAGGUCGCCCUUCGCUACACCGCCGAAGGCUCACACCUCCGCAACGACAUGAUUAAGAUCAUGCGCUUCAACUCAGAAGAGCGCCUGCUGCUCAUGACCGUCGGCAUCUACCUCGCCUUCUCUGCGGGCGAAUUGCGUAUCGUAUCCGCCGACCCCAACACCCAGCCCGCGCUCGACUACAACUACCUCAGCGAUCCAUUCGACAGGGAGCGCCUACGCAACGGCGUGCGGUUGGCACACCGCCUCACGGAGCAUCCCGAACUCGCGCAAAUUAUUGACUCGCCGGCCGAGCCCACAUCCGAGCAGCUAGCAUCCGACGACGCCCUCGACGACUGGAUUCGCCGCACGGUCGCCACAAUGCACCACAUAUCCUGCACCUGCAAGAUGGGUCCCGCCUCCGACCCCCUCGCCGUCGUUGACCAGCACGGCCGCGUGCACGGCGUAGAAGGCAUCCGCAUCGCCGACGCCUCCGUCAUGCCCGACUGUCCCCGCGCCAACACCAACGUAACCACCAUCAUGAUCGGCGAGCGCAUCGCCGACUUCAUCAAAGGCAAUGCGCCGCUUCGGCCUUACCCUGUCUCGCUUGACAUCUUGCCCGACGCCAGCCACAGCUACGUGUACGACUGCAAGCGUGACGGCAAGUCCUACAUCCUCAAGAUUACCCACACCAUCCACCGCAGGCCCAACCAUAUACUCGGCGAGCUGGAGUUCAUCAACUUCCUUGCCGACGGCGGCGUAACCGUUCCCCGCGCCGUGCCAUCCCUCUCCGGCAACUUGGUCGAAUCCGUAGCUGCUGACGAAGGAGAAUUCAUCGUCGUAGCGUUUGAGAAAGCUGAAGCAGACAUCCGCCGCCGCUUCUGGCACCAGGAUAUUGAUUGGAACACUGAUGCCGAGGUGUACCGAGGGCGCCCUGCGUUCCGCGAGAAGGCGCGCGGUACCCGGGACUGGCUGAUGUCUCUGCCCACCGACAGCGAAUGCUUCGGCCUCAUCCACUCCGACCUGCACCAGUGGAACUUCUUCUACCACGAAGGCCGCAUCCAGCCAUUCGACUUCGACAACACCCACUACGACUGGUUCAUAUCCGACUUCACCACAGUCAUCGUCAACGUAGUCAACUGCCAGCAGUACCACUACGGGCGCGGCGAAUACGACCACUGGACCGCGGGAACGCCGAUGACCGCCACCGAAUUCCUUGACUACUUCUUCACGCCCUUUAUCGAAGGCUACCGUCAGCAUAAUCGUCUGGAUCCUGUCUGGAUGCACCACAUGCCUGCAUUUCUCAACCGACACUGGCUCACAUUCCUCACCGACGCUCUCCGCGACCCGGAGUUCGGCAAUCUCACCCCGGAGCAGCAGGCAGCCACCUUCCCCUGGCGCACGCUCUCACAGUCCUGGGACGAAGUGAUGAACGACUACUGGAAACAGUUCACCUUCGAUAAGUACGCCUGA